AUGCCAGACCAUGGAAAGAGUAACAGCGACAGAUUCACGUCAAUGAAGACGUUGUCGUUGAAUCGACUCACUGCCAAACAGCAUCUGUUUAUGGCUCUUUGUAGAGACGUCUCACUGCUGCCUCCAAUCAUCUACCUCUUCAAAUCGUUGAAUCAAACGUACCAAACAAUCUACCAACAACAAAUAACUACAGAUCUUUACGAUUUCAUAGGUCCCAGGGCUUCAGAGCAUCUAUUGUGUUCCAUAUGGUGCUUCGUUUCUUUGUAUCUCUCAUACGUGAUCCUAGAUUCGCUCAUGGUAAGAUGGAUAGUCAAAUAUUCUACUGUGGCUGCCAUUCUGAGAAUGUUCUCCAUGUCAUUGAUAUUGGUCACGUUCGAAUAUAUGUUACUCGCAAGUUUAUCUCCAAAUAAUGACUAUUUCUUACAUACGUGGAUUCUAAUCAGUUGCGUACUUACAGGGGCUUACAUUUGGCAAAAUUAUUUGACGUCUGAUUUGAAUUACAAACACUUUAAAGAUAAAUUUCAAUGGAACAAGAAGAAAACUAUCGAUCUCUAUAACAUUAUAGUCUUUUGUGUCGUCCCCGUCGGGAUAGCUAGUUUCAUAACUAUGUUGGGUCUAUUGCGAAUCCUCUUCAUUGGAAGGCUCGAUAUACAACAAGUCGCUACUUUUAUACAAUCAUCAUCUUCAUAA